AAUGAAAAACAACCAGCGAAUUGUGAUAAUAAUAAAUAAUUAACUAAACAAGAACUCUAUUAAUUAUAAAAAGAACGUUUCAAGUGAUACAAAAAAGAAGCGAACCGAAAGGAAUCGAACAGAAUAAUUCAUUAAAGAAACAAAAACAAAAAUUCUAAUGAAAAUGGAAGUUCUCGCUGUGCAGUCAAACUACGGCGGAGUCCUCGGUUCCAACAAAGUUAGAGAUUGGACCAGCACAUUGACACCGCCUACGUCCGCCGCGUCGGCCAAGAAGGUCGCCAGCGUCGCCAGCAGCAGCAGCAGCAACAGCAGCAGCAGCCGCGGCCAGCACACACACAGUAUUAAGCACAAACAGCAGGCAAGCAGCAGCAGCAGCAGCGGAAGCAAGAAAACCAAGUCGAGCAGCCAUCCCAUGAGCAGCAGCACACCCUACAGCAAUACCUACAGUAGCCAGUAUGAGGACGAGCUGCCCGACUGCUGUGACAUUGACAUGGCUGCCGUUGACGAGCUUUCGAACGGUCUGCUGGACAAGCUGCGCGAGGCAAAGGCGUGCCAUUUGACAUGCACCGAGGUGUCGCUACCCUGUGAUCUCACGCCCAACAUUGCGGCGGACAUAAUUCGCGUUUCCGAGAAGGAACCGUGCGGCAUUCGCGGCUGCACCAUCUACAUCGAGUUCGAGGAUGAGCCACAGAACUCCAGGCGCAUCGCUUCGCUGAAAGUGGAUCCCGAAACGGUCUCCACGUUCGAGGUGUAUCUGACCCUGCGCCAGGAUCAUCGCGGCUGGGCGGCACUGCUGCCACAGUUCAUGAAGAGCCUGGCACGCACCAUCACCAUCAGUCCGGAGUAUACCAUCACCAAGCAUAAGCUCUACUCUGCCGAUGGCCUGGGCGCCCGACGCAGCUACAGCUUCGGCUCAAGCUCCCGAUCAAGCUCAAGCUCUAGCCAUAGCCAGGCGAUUGCAACGCCAACGAUAUAAGUUGAGCGAAAGCGAGAGAGACAGAGAUCAAGAGCGAGAGAGAAUGAGAGACGUAGACGGAGACGCAGUUAUAUUUAUAUACACACAUACAUAUAUAUGUAGAUAUAUAUAUGUAGAGAAGCGAGCCCAGCGAGUGCGACAAGGAAGCGCGCCCAACACCGCCCAACACCCCCUGUGAUGUCGAGAGCAGUAGUUAGUUGCGAGCGCAACGCGACGACGAAGCAAGUAUUCGAAGCCACCCCACCUACACAACUACACACACACAUACACACAAAUACAUACACACGAAACGCAUACACAUUAGUAUACGACACACUCACACACAUACACAUACUAAUAAGCAAAGGAGUUGCUCUUGAGCCUGCGCCGCUCGCUCAUCGGGCAGCUCUCUUUGCAUUCAAUUUUGUAAUUGUGACUCUCACCACCAUUUUACUUAGAUGCGUAGUAGAUGCUAUAAAAAGCAGCAACAAAACAAAAGAAAAAAUAAUUAGUGUUUUAAGUUGUUUCUCCUUUUUCAAAAACAAAAGAAAAGAAAACAAAA